UGCUCACAGUUGUAAACGGGGGCAGGUGUGGCAAAGCCAUCCACACAACAGUUACAGUAUCAGUUUCCCAUUUAGAUAAACUGGUUAAAUUGUUUGUGGUUCCAGCACUGAGAAACAGCAACCUGUUUUGUUAAGUGUCCCCAGUUUGGGAAAGGAAGUUGUGAGGACAGCCGCUUCCAAAGGGUGACACUGUUUUGUGACUGGCAGCAUUACCACUAGGCUGCUGUAACUUUUAAGAUAAAACUGUAGAUUUCCUUCUCCAGUCAGGUUAAUAUCCCCCCCACACAGUGAGAGAGAUGGAUGUGAAAGGCUUGAAGGAAACCCUGGCCUGGCUAUAUUAUCAAUACCUACUUAUCACAUGUAGUUACGUGCUGGAGCCCUGGGAACAGACAAUUUUCAAUUCAGUUUUGUUCAUCAUCGUGGCAAUGGUUCUAUAUACAGCAUAUGUCUUCAUUCCAAUUCACAUUCGACUGGCACUGGAGUUCUUUUCUGGCCUAGGUGGAGUCCCAACGGAAAGCACAAUUGCAAUCAUGACUUGACGUGAUGAUUUUAAGAAUCAAGAUCUUUCGUUAAGAAGAAAUCCUGUGAAUCUAUGGACUUGCUGACAACUCUGGGAUGGGUUUUAAACUUACUUCAUGGCUGCAGUCUUAAAAUUCCACCUCAAUAACCUCGAGACUCAAAUAAUGUUGUAAAUAGCAUUCUUUUAAAAACAUCCAGCAGUUAAAGUUGUGAAUCCGCGGUCACAAAAAGUGUCACCCAGCGUGACGCUAGCAAUAACAGCCUAUUGGGAGCAAUAGCCACAAGGGUCAAAUAUUUACCCUUCAGUUGUAUUUGUCUAAAAUCAAAUCAUUUGCAUGUACAGCAUCCUAUGCCUGUUUUAUAUGCAUCUUUUAUUGUAAUAGUAUAAAUACUUCAUAGUUUUUAUGAAAAAAAUCUUCAAUUUGCCAAGAUAUGUUUGUGUAAUUGACUGUUUUGAAACUGAUAGUUUCAGUCUAAGCAAAUAGUGCAGGAUUAGCAAAUGUCAGGUUACAUGACAGCUCAAAGAUACCAGGCUAUAAAAUAAACUAUGCUAUUGCUAUUGCUUGGCGUUAAAACAUAGGGAUGAUUCAACCAUUCAAGCUUCUUGCAAAGAAAUAAAGUAUGAGCAGCCUUUUUUUUUGCAGUUUAGUGACAAUGAUGGUGAUUACUAAAGAACACUUUUUAAAAUAUAACUUUCAAAUACUAUUGAAAGGCCAGAAUGUGCUUCCAUGUAUUAUUCUCUCUGGCAUUGUACUCCUAUUGUUCAAAAUACACUGUUGUUGAAUAAUGGGACACUGUAAAUGCAAUAAAAUACAAGGCAGCUUGUCAUAUGAAACUUUUAUACACACCUAAGGUAUCUUAUGAUCUCCCAGGUUUCCUUCAUGCUGGUAACAAUUAACCAAAGUACACAUGAUGAAAUAUUUGUCGCAAAACCUGUAUGUCCAUUGUAACUGAAAAUCUAACUUUCCUUGCUGCAUUAUUCAGGAAA